AUGCCGCUCCUUGGGAAUAUUGUUGUAAUUAAACGGAAUGGGACUGAUGGAAUUUGUUUUCCACUCACUGCAAGUUCUUGUUUAUUUGGAAGGAGAACAGAAUGUGAUAUUCGCAUCCAGUUGCCUCAGGUCUCGAAAGAACAUUGUAAAAUUGAAGUAAAUGAAAACAAGGAGGCGAUAUUGACUAAUUUAAGUACAGUAAAUCCUACGCAGCUGAAUGGUGGUUGUUUUGAGCAACCUGUACUGCUGAAGCACGGUGAUGUGUUAACUAUUAUUGAUCGUUCUUUCAGAACUUCAGAAGACAGGAUUGCUUAA